AUGUUCACCUACUUCAGAGAGGAACUCGAUACAGAUGAAUAUGAAGAAACCAAAAAGGAAACUCUGGAGCAACUAAGUGAAUUUAAUGAUUCACUGAAGAAAAUUAUGUCUGGAAAUAUGACCUUGGUAGAUGAACUAAGUGGAAUGCAGCUGGCUAUUCAGGCAGCUAUCAGCCAGGCCUUUAAAACCCCAGAGGUCAUCAGAUUGUUUGCAAAGAAACAACCAGGUCAGCUUCGGACAAGGUUAGCAGAGGCUCUGGAGACAAAAUCCUUGCUCUGGCAAGUUUUGAGGUUGAAAAAACAAAAAAAUGACAUGGUGCAGAAGCUUAUAACAUUGAUCACAUUCUUACUGUAAAUGGUGUCUUUCUUCUGGGGGUUUUCAGUUAUUGCAAAGAAAUGAAGAGAUUCUGGAAAUGCAUCAAUAAUCUAAGAAAAAGCGACAUAAAAAUAUACUUAUGG